AGACGAGGAAAGCGAAACAAAACGCCAGAUGGAACUUAACUAUUCCUGUCCGAGUUCGACGACAGUCAGUAAUUUCUCCUUAUAUAGCCGAGAGUCGGGCCGUGCUGUGCUCGAGGACGCACGUAAUCCCCAAUCGCCCACCACUUCGAUCUACUCGAGCGAGCCCUAGCCCCGAAUCUCCCCGGUGCAUCAACAGGCUCCGUCUGCUUCUGCUGAUUCCCGGAUCGUCUCCCCCGACGCGGCUGCGCUCACGGCUUCCGCCACAGCCAUGGAGCCGCGCAUCGGCAACAGGUUCCGCGUCGGCCGCAAGCUGGGGAGCGGCUCCUUUGGGGAGAUCUACCUCGGCACGAACGUGCAGACAAACGAGGAGGUCGCAAUUAAACUGGAAAACGUUAAGACGAAGCAUCCUCAAUUGCUUUACGAGUCGAAGUUAUAUAGAAUACUUCAAGGAGGAACUGGGAUUCCAAAUGUUAAGUGGUUUGGUGUUGAGGGUGAUUACAAUGUUUUGGUUAUGGACUUACUGGGGCCAAGCCUUGAAGAUCUUUUUAGCUGUUGUAACAGGAAGCUGUCUCUCAAAACUGUUUUGAUGAUUGCUGAUCAAAUGAUCAAUCGAGUUGAAUUUGUUCAUUCCAAGUCAUUCUUGCAUAGAGAUAUCAAGCCGGACAAUUUUCUCAUGGGUCUCGGGAAAAGGGCAAACCAGGUUUACAUUAUCGAUUUUGGACUUGCAAAGAAGUACAGAGAUACAUCAACACACCAGCACAUUCCAUACAGAGAGAACAAGAACUUGACUGGAACGGCAAGAUAUGCAAGCGUAAAUACCCACCUUGGAAUUGAACAAAGCCGAAGGGAUGACAUGGAAUCUCUUGGAUAUGUACUGAUGUACUUCUUGAGAGGAAGCCUUCCAUGGCAGGGCCUGAAAGCUGGGAACAAGAAACAGAAGUAUGAAAAGAUCAGCGAAAGGAAAGUUGCUACUUCAAUUGAGGCUCUCUGCCGUGGAUAUCCUACCGAAUUUGCUUCUUACUUCCAUUACUGUCGCUCACUACGCUUUGAAGAUCCACCAGACUAUCAAUACCUGAAGAGAUUGUUCAGAGACCUUUUUAUUCGGGAAGGUUUUCAGUUUGAUUAUGUUUUUGACUGGACAAUUCUAAAGUACCAACAUGCACAGAUGACCACGGCUCCGCCACGUGCAAUUGCUCCAGCAGUAGGACAAAGCUCUGGGAUGGCUCCUGUGGCAAACAACAAUAGACAUUCAGGCACUGAAGAGGGAAGGAGAAGCGGGUGGUCAGGUGUGGACCCAACGCGACGCCAGGCUCCACCACCAGUUAUAAAUGCAGGCAGCCUAGCCAAGCAGAAAUCCCCUGUUCGGCCUGAGGCAUCGACAUCCAGAGAUGCUGUGUUCUCCAGUUCGACUCUUUUGGGACGCUCAAGCGGAUCGUCAAGGCGGCCUGCUGUCUCUAGUAGCCGAGAGCCAAGCAUUGAGGCGGAGCAAACACGUAGCCGUACGACUGACGCAAGCCCAGGUGCAACAUUCCAGAGGUCUGGAGCUCCGCGGUGGAGCCUGCAGAUGCCUGACUCCUCGGACGGCAGGCGCUCGUCUUCCGGCAGGCGCCACUCAUCUAACCCGAAGAACUACGAGUCUACCAUAAGGGGAAUGCAGGGCCUAAACUUUGACGGCGAUGACAGGGUUCACUAUUAGCAUCUCAUCUCUUUGGGACCUUGGCAGGGAGGGUGCAUUGCGUCAAGGCCCCUCGCCGACAUGGCCUAUGUACCACGGGCGGCUAGACAAUAAAGAUGUCUGGGUGAGUGAGCCUGAGCAUAGACAAUGGCUAUGCUGCUUUAGCCUCCCUUCCCUUGUACAGGUUUGCCAUUUGUUUGGUUGCGCGGCGUCCUGUGUAUUUUGAGUUGAGAUUCACAUUUGCUGCGAUGUGCGUAUGCUGCUUUGGUUGAUUCAACGAUUGGGCUUUUUUUUUUACUCUCUCUCUCUCUCUCUCUCUCUCUCUCUCUCUCUCUGAUAAUGUUAUGUUGCCCGUGACAGAUCUGAGAAUGUUAUGUCAUGUGUAACUCCGGAAUGCUCAACUGUUAUGUUUUGGCUGUGCC